CACCCAGCGCCCGAGAGUAAGCGAGAGAGAGAGACAGACAGACAGACAGAGAGAGAAGAGCUAGGACUACUCGAGAUAUAUAUAUAGAGAUAAAGAGCGACUCCGCCGAAGCCCAUGUUUUCGCGAGUAGUGCGGCCGCAGGAAGCACUUCUCGGCAGGUGCAUCCGAAAGCAUGGCGUUGCAGAGUCCCUGCGAUGCUCUGCGGCAAUGUUUUCCGUGCGCUCGUCUUCACCACGUCUACGACAAGGAGAAGACGCGAACUUGCAAGAAGACGCCGACCUCUCUGGCAACUCCUCAUCGUUGUCGCCUGAAGGGCUGAAAGCUUUCCGAGAUGUGGUCACCUCUCGCACGGCGGCUAUUAGCUUCAGCGAUGAGGAGGUCGACCCCCCCGCCCUACGCGAGAUCAUGGCGCUUACGCAGAGCGCCCCCUCGUCGUUCAACAUCCAACCCUGGAGCGUGGUAGUGGUAAGGGAUACCGCCGCAAGAGAGCGGCUGUCGACGGCGAUGCUAGGCGGCAACGCGAAGAAAGUCCUGGCGGCUCCUGUCACGGCCGUCUUCUGCGCCGACUUGGAGCCGUCGAAGCGCAUCAACCGGAUGGUGGAGCUGAACCGAAAGGCGGGCAUGCCCGAGGCCGAGAUCACCAAGUUUUGCCUGGCGGUUAACCUGUUCAGCGGGGAGGGAGUCGUGGGCAACGCCGUGCGGAACGCCGUCACCACUAUCGCCUCUCCUAUGCAGCCAGCGCCGGAGGUCGCGUCGGCGGAGGCGUGGUCGUUUAAGAACACCGCCCUUGCCGUCCAGACGUACAUCCUCUCCUGUACGGCGCACGGGCUGGAUACCGCCCCCAUGGAAGGCUUCGACGCCAGAAGAGUGAGGGCAGCGCUUGACAUCCCCGACCGAUACGGUAUUCCCAUCAUAGUCCCCACGGGUUAUCCCGCACCGUCAAAGCCGGAAGGGCAGGGUGGCGGUGGUGGUGUGGCGAGGCGGUGGCGAUAUCCACCGCAAGAGGUGGUGUUUGACGGAACCUUUGGCGUGGGCAUGACAGGGGUGGACCCGGUUGUGCCAUAG